GUCAUAGUUAUCAAGUCUUAAACUAAGGAACGCGCUAUUUUUUCGCUACCUCGAAAUCUUUGUGUUUUUUUUCAUAAUAUUAUAAAUCACAUACGAAAGAUGAUAAAGUUUAUAAAUUUUUUUAUAAUAAAUAGUAUUCUUUUCUUUACAAUUUGUUUAUGUUAUGAAGUACCUAAUGUUGAAUUAAAUUUAAUAGAUAAGGGAUUUUCUUUGACUUUAAAAGACGAACCGGGCCUAAAACAAGUUUUUUACAUUAUCAAAAUAAACGAUGAGUGUCCCACGCUAAUGGAUCUACUCUUUGAACCUCAACCCGACUGGACAACAACACAAACAUCAAAAGUCCUAACAUCCCAAGAUAAAGUAAACAUUUCUUUAUUGGUCAAUUAUCGCGGCGAAGCCUAUACGUCCUAUCAAUAUAUAGUAAUUGGAGAGAAUACGGUUGGCAUUAAGGCGGCACCAACACUUCAGAAUAACAAUGAAAAUUGUGGCGAUACUCGCGUUGCGGUAGAAUGUGAAAAAGCCCAAACGAUCGUCUUAGGUAUGUCCAAUUUAUGUCAGGGUCAAUUGAUAUUCGAAGAUAAUUUCGAUAAUUCACAAUUAAAUAUGAACAAAUGGCGUUACGAUAUAAGACAUCGUUUGAUUGGUACCGAUUCAGAAGAAUUUGUUGUAUUCGAUAAUCAUGCCGAAAAUAUUUUCAUACAUGAAGGCUAUUUAAAUAUACGUCCCAAAUUGACACAAGAGAAUAUGAAGGAGGCUAAAUUGAAUUUUGGUUCUAGAUGUACGGCAUUUGCUAAUCGUAAAAAGGAAUGUGAAUUAAUACCUCAACCUCAUUUCAUAUUUGUACCACCAUUCAAUUCAUCACAAAUUUAUACCAAGAACACGUUUCAAUUUCAAUAUGGACGAAUUGAGGUUAAGGCGAAACUACCAAAAGGAGAAUGGAUUUUACCGUAUUUGAUGUUACGAAACGAUGACGCUUUAAGUGAAAAGCAAAUACAUAUUGCCUUUGCCCGAGGUAAUGAAGAACUAUUAACCACCGAUAAUAUCGAUCUUAGUGGUAAAAUUCUAUAUGCUGGCCUUGUAAUAGAUGUGGAGAAAAAUGAAACACAUUUUGAACAAAAAGCCUCAAAAGAACAUUUUGGCAAUGAUUUCCAUAUUUAUACGUUGACUUGGAAAUCAAAUGAAAUCACAAUGGAAGUGGAUGGUAUUAAAUAUGGCACAAUUACGGGAAAUCUGGAGCAGUUAAAUACAAGUAAUAAUUUCUUUUUCAUUACUUUUGGCGUUUCCGUGGGUGGUCAUAUAUAUUUUCCCGAUAAUUUACAGCAGCCAGAUAAUAAACCCUGGUCGAAUACCUCACCCAGAUCGAUACGUGAUUUCUGGCGUUAUAUUAAUAGUGGCAAAUUAAAAUGGUCCGGUAAUGAGACUUUACAAAUUGACUAUGUUAAAGUUUAUGCCGUUUAAUCGAUUUAGGAUAUAGCAGCAAUUGUGAUACUUAAAUUUUUAUUAAAAAAAGUGUUUAAAAAAUAAUUUUUUAAAAUUUAA